UGUGCUGGCUGUGGUCGUAGUAUCAUGGAUCAAGAAUAUCUGGGUAUUCAAAAAACCGACAAAAAAUGGCACAUACAAUGUUUGCGAUGCUAUGACUGCAAUGAACCAUUAGAUAAAGAUCAAAGUUGCUAUGUUAAGCAAGGCAACAUCUUUUGUAGGACCGAUUAUUUCAACCGUUUUGGUAGCAUCAAAUGUCCAACUUGUAAUUCUGGUAUAUCACCUAAAGAACAUGUUAUGAAAGCAAGAGAGUAUGCUUAUCAUUGUUCUUGCUUUAUUUGCCACACAUGUAAUAGAUUGUUAAAAACAGGCGAAGAAUUUGCAAUGAGAGGAUGCAAAUUAUAUUGCAAAGAGCAUUUUCAAUCUAUUACUAGCGAUCAUCGGCACUCACAUCAUUCUAAUAAAGAUAAUUCAGGAGAAAAUCAUGAUAGCUCUAAUUCAAAUGACAUUACUGAUGAACAUGGGAGAUCGAAACGUAUAAGAACAUCAUUUAAACAACCUCAGUUACGAACUAUGAAAACUUAUUUUGCUCUUAAUCAUAACCCAGAUAGUAAAGAUCUAAAGCAAUUAUCAAUAAAGACAGGAUUAAACAAGCGUGUAUUACAAGUUUGGUUUCAGAAUGCCCGAGCUAAAUAUCGUCGAUCAAUA